AUGGGCUUCAGUAAUAUCAGGAAAAUAAACUUCCAUAAAUUGUUUUCUACGGUUGUUGACUUAAUAGCCAAUAAAAAUUACAGUAACCUCUCACUUCCCAUACCGGAAACGGCCCCGGACGGUUUGAAAAUGUUGAUGCGACAGUGUUGGAGCACUACCCCAAGGAAUCGACCAUCAUUUACCCAGUGCUUGAAAUACAUGGAUAUACUCUAUGCUGAGUUCAAGGAAAUGGGUGAUGAGGAGUUUUUCCGACGAUCUGCUAAAUGGCGGGCAGAUGCGGCUAAUAUAGUUUACCCAGCGACGAUUACCAAAGGGGAGGCUCUGAAUUUCGCUGAACGUGAAUGCGGUAAGCUA